UAGAUAAGAAGACUUGUGGUGCACUCGUAAAGGGUACACGCGUCAGCGGAGUUCGUCAGUCUGCGGACGAACGUCUGCCGAAAUAACGGGAACGGUUCGAAGCACCCGCGUCCCGCGUUGACCGUAACAAUAUUUACAACACUUGCUGAUAAAUACGUGAUUAACGCAUAAUUAAAAAAAAAACAACGUAACAUUAAUCUUUAUAAACAAGUCAGUGGAUAAGUCGCCAGUGACGCUAUAUACAUGGAAGAAACCAAAAUUCCUUUGUGCGAGGAUGAAAUAAAACUCGUAAAAAGUAGGGAAGAAAUGAAAAAGUUACAACGGCUAACGUACAUAAUGUAGACAUCUGAAAGUGCAUGUUUAAUUACGAGAAAAACGGGCUCGUUCGAAGAAGUUGAAUUGCAGCGAUUAAAGGACGAUUACGAGGAAAGAAGAGGAUAAUUGGGGCGAAUUGUUCGGAGAUAGCGGUUUAAUUGGACGCCAUAAAGUACUACAGUAAUUUCUGGAGGAACACCUUUCGCGCGGGUUAACAAUAGCUACAAUGUAGCGUCACGAAACGUAUGAGCGCCCUGUCAUUCGAGACCAAAGUUCACGUUGUUGCCGCUCACACUACAGAGGCAUAGAGGGAUCAGUAUUCCGAGAAGGUCACAAAAAUUUAUCGUUAUGACUAAUGGCGCGUUCUUAACGGGAGAGCCAGCGAACGUGAAGAGAUACGGAAAUUAAUUGAUGCGGCACGCGCGAUAAAGUGCGGAAUAUACGUUCUCGAGGGGUGCGUACCCCCUCCGGCCUCUCUUGCCGCGGCGAGAAAAUUUCAGCGAAUUAACGGAGCAGAUAGAAACCAAUGAAUGAAAGAAGGAGUAACGACAAGUGUAAACGAACGCGAGUCGAUGAGGAAAGUUAGCGCGUUUAAUUGCGUGCGGUGCAAGGGUCGCGGCUGUUCCGCGAGAGAUUAGCGCGUACGUGAAUCACGGCGAUCUUUGAUUUUCCGAAGAAUGCGAAGGAAAAAGGAUCCGCGCAUUCGCUGAAAGAUGGGGCACUUUGCGACAAACGACACGAUCUUCGCUACGGGGGAUGGAGAUUUCAAACCAUUUACGCGAUCCGUCACUAUCGUCGCUGCAGCUUGCGCUAUAAUAUUCAGCAUUAUUGGAGUAUUAGGCAAUUUAAUAACGGUAAUCGCACUGUUAAAGUAUACCAAACUGAGACGACACGCCACUACGGCCUUUGUGAUAAGUUUAAGCAUCUCCGACUUGAUUUUUUCCGCGGUAAAUUUGCCUCUAACUGCCAGUAGAUAUUUGAACGAAGCAUGGGUUCUUGGCGAGACUCUAUGCACUCUAUUCCCCUUGUUCUUCUACGGGAACGUCGCCGUAUCUUUACUCAGUAUGGUGGCUAUUACUAUAAACAGAUAUAUAUUGAUCUCACAGUCGGACAUUUACAACCAGUUAUACACUAGUCGCGGCAUAACGCUGAUGUUAAUAGCCAUAUGGACUCUAAGCUUCCUCAUGCUGCUGCCGCCCUUGUUGGGCAUCUGGGGUACUCUAGGACUGGAUCCGGCCACCUUCUCGUGCACGAUAUUGAGGAAAAACGGCUCGAGCCCGAAGAAGUUCCUGUUCGUUCUGGGCUUCAUCGUACCAUGCGUGGUGAUCAGUGUUUCGUAUCUCUGCAUAUAUUGGCGCGUACGAAAAAGCCGAAAGAAUUUGGAGGCUCACGCGGCGGAAGGUAGACGAGGCGGCGGAUUUCAACGGCGGGAGGACUCCAGAGUGACUAGACUGAUGCUCACUAUAUUCCUUUGCUUCCUGAUGUGCUUCAUGCCGUUGAUGCUGGUGAACGUGAUCGACGAUAAGAUGAAGGUUCCGAUACUUCAUAUAGUGGCGUCCGUCCUCGCAUGGGCAUCCGCGGUGAUAAACCCUUUUAUUUACGCCGGCACCAACAAACUGUACAGGGAGGCGUACAAACAGGUUCUGUGCCCCGUUUCGAGGAGGACACCCACGAUCGGUCUCAAACCGACGCCUUCUCACUCGAGCAAGAUCUCGUCGCCCAAUACGAUAUAAAAAUAUAUUUCGUUCCGGAAAUAAUCGAUUUGCUUUAGAUUAACGAUGACGAAUAAAAGUUGAUGCACGAUAUCAUUUUCUUUAUCUUUCAUAAGAAAUUAAGUGUUUGAUUAGUAAAGCGCAAGAUUAUGGAAGAAUAAAACCUUUUUUUUACAGAAUUUAACUGAAAAUGUGUUAGAUUACGAAUCUUGAAGCAAUAGAUAUCUGUUUGAUUAAAAUUUUGUAUUUAUUGAUUAAGUUUGUGUUAAAAAGUAGAAAUUUUUCUUCGCCAAGCUAAACUAAUAGAUAAGUGUUUUAUUUUAAUUUUGGAUAAGAAAUAUAACAGCAGUACGAGAAGGAAAAUAUGUAUAAAAAUGUA